CGCGAGCCCCGAUCCCCGAUCCCGGCCGGACAUGUGAUCCGGGUGGAGGUUGAGCGCCUGCCGGUCUGGGCAGGUGGAGAAUGUCUCCCUACCGACCAGCGGCUCCACCGCCUGCGAGUCGCGGCGGAGAGUGACCGCGAAACGUCGUUAUAGACCGCUGUCCUAGAGCUUUGGUCCUCACUGCCGCAAACGUGGGGCAGCGCAACCCGGAAGCGGUUGGGACGGAAGUGGUAUUGUAUAAUCAGCUGAUGGCGAUGGAAGCGGCGGCUGUUAUUGUUCGGGUUUGAGACCAAGCCAACCGUCCUCAGGCUGAAAGACAUCGGCUCCCGGUCGCCGGAGACCGACACACCUGCCUCUCCUCAUUGAGACACAGCAGCAUCUUCUCAACAUCUUAAAGCCCAGACGCAGUGGCACCCGGCUCUUUAUAGCCGCGGCGAUCAGCACCCGACCGGUUAUACCCGGGGCACCAGUUGCCGGGAUCCUACCCCCGGUACCCCGCAGUCGUCCCCGCUGGCCUUUUCCCGGAGUCAGCGGCAGACGGCUCGGUCAGCAACGCGCACCGGCCUGGCGAAACGGUGCCCAGAUCCGCCCGUCACCUCUCCCGUAGCCGGGCCAAUGCUGGAUCUGGAAGUGGUGCCCGAGCGGUCUUUGGGGAACGAACGAUGGGAAUUCGCUUUAGGAAUGCCAUUGGCUCAGGGUGUUGCUAUUCUCCAAAAGCACUGUCGUAUCAUCAAAAAUGUACAAGUUCUCUAUAGCGAGCAGGGUAUCUCUUCCUUCUUUCCAGUCCCCACUCAGCCAUGACCUCAUUCUCAAUCUGACUCAGGACGGAAUCAAACUACUUUUCGAUGCUUAUAAUCAGAGACUAAAGGUGAUUGAAGUUUAUGACUUGAGUAAAGUUAAAUUGAAAUACUGUGGUGUGCACUUCAAUUCUCAGGCUAUAGCUCCAACCAUAGAACAGAUUGACCAGUCAUUUGGAGCAACUCAUCCUGGAGUGUACAAUGCAGCUGAACAACUUUUUCAUCUCAACUUCCGAGGGCUUUCUUUCUCCUUUCAACUGGACUCCUGGAAAGAAGCUCCUAAAUUUGAGCCGAAAUUUGCUCAUGGCCUGGCCUCCUUGCAGAUUCCUCAUGGGGCAACUGUGAAACGCAUGUACAUUUACACUGCAAACAGUCUACAGGACACAAAAGCUCCCAUGAUGCCACUGAGUUGUUUCUAUGGUAACGUGUAUGCAGAGACUGUAGAAGUAUUGAGAGAUCCAGUGGGACCCCAUGGCCUUCAGUUGCGACUUCUAACAGCAGGUUGUGGCCCUGGAGUAUUGGCUGACACAAAAAUGCACCCAUUUGAACGCUGUGUCUAUUUUGGGGAUUCCUGCCAGGAUGUGCUGAGUGCUUUAGGAUCUCCACACAAAGUCUUCUACAAGUCAGAGGACAAGAUGAAGAUUCACUCUCCCUCACCUCACAAGCAGGUCCCCUCCAAGUGCAAUGACUACUUUUUCAACUACUUUACUCUAGGAGUGGAUGUCUUGUUUGAUGCCACAACACAUCAGGUGAAGAAAUUUGUGCUUCAUACUAACUACCCAGGUCAUUACAACUUCAACAUAUACCAUCGCUGUGAUUUCAAGAUCCCAUUGGCAGUUAAACAAGGUAAAAGCACUGAUGCACACACGCAGCCAUGUAUUGUUACCACACACAGCAAGUGGGAUGUCAUUCAGGAGCUGAUGGGACACCCCAUGGAGAAGCCAGUGGUCCUUCAUAGAUCCUCUUCAGCAAACAACACAAACCCUUUUGGAUCAACUUUCUGUUUUGGACUGCAACGCAUGAUAUUUGAGGUCAUGCAGAACAAUCACAUAGCGUCAGUAACGCUUUAUGGCCCUCCCAGGCCCAACAGCCAAUCGCGAAACACAGAGCUGAUCCAGUGAGCCUCUGCUUCGUUUGACCCAACCAGGAUGCCACCGGUUCAGUACAGUGUGCCUAGGUUUGCUGUCACCAUUGUACAGAACAGCAUGAUCUGAUCCACGCCGGCCGUGGCCACAUAUGGAUGGGGGAGGGUAUCGGUUUGUCACUAGCCUCGUCGCUGGCAAAGGCCCCUGGCGAUGGGGUAUGUAGCUCCAUGCUUGCAUCAUGCCAGUUUCUCUCUUCAGUCGAACACAACAGACCAGCAGGGCCCUGCCCUGUCCUGCAUCUGUCGAGGAUGAGGAGACGGGCAGUGGAGCUGCAGACACAAGAAGCACAAGUUGUUGAGCCUCAAGGGCAGUGUUUCAGGUUUCUGUUAAUAGGUGUUACUGUUUGGUGUGAUACUCCAUACACUCAUAUUUCUGUAUCCCAGCACAGUAUGCAGACAGAAGUUUGUUUGUGAGUUCAGCCACAGCCUAUCUCUGUAGCUUAGACAGUAGCAUGUUUUAUAGAAAUUGUACUACAUUGCACUACAUACACUUUAAUUACUUGAUUAAUGUGUUUUUUUUUUUUCACUGAGGAGUGUCAGGGUAUAGUGCCAGCUAAUUCAGUGAGACUUGGAUGUGGAGAGGAGUCCAGUCCAUGCAAAGCAGCCAGUCCCGCUGCCCGGUGGAGAAAUGGUGAUUUAUUCACUUCACCACUCAAUCGAAUUGAAAUGCAAUCCUCUGCCAUUUCUUGAAUUGCAUGUUAUUAAUUUGAUGCCAAAGACAUAUCUUCAACGUGUUUGGUUUCAUUAUCUCUCAGCGCUAUUUCACUGAUGGAACUGCACACCCCAGCAACAACGCUGGCCAUUAGCCGAAUUUGUCGGCCCACGUGAGAGUUUGCAUGCUACACAUGCUCAGUGUGGAGAUUCCUCCCGCUGUUCGCAGUAUUUGUAAGAGGUCUGUUCAUUCAUAGGAAGAUGUGAAGGGGUACUCGGGGAUUUCCCUGGUCAAAAUAGUGAGCGAUUUCUUUUUUUUAUUAACUAAAUCUCUUAGCCAUGACACAUUUUUACAUCACACGUUGUAGCGACUUGUAAUAAAUAGACAAAAUCUGUGUGUUUACACUGUGUGUACAAAUCUGUAAAUAAUACAUUUUGUAACUUUAACAAAAUGUACAGGGAGUGCCUGUAUAGUCUAAUGCUGAACAAUGAGGAGGACGUAUUUUGAAUUGUAAUCAAUGUUUUGACUCUGGACCAGUAGCAGGGAUGUGUGAUGUGUGUUUUGGUGAUGCUUCACAUUCUGUCUUCCUGUGUGAACUGUGAGAUUCCAGACUGUUAAACCUAAUACACAUGGAUGUUGUUCAAAGACUAUGUUACAGUUUACUUUCGAAGCUAUUGCCGUUCUCUUGUAACUGUUGAUUAUUAACUAAACUGCUGAGUUUAGUGCUGUUUCCUGUGCUCUUUGCUUACCAUGGGAACUAUAUGUGCCUCUUCAUUUGCUUUUUCUGCACCGUCCUGACUUUUUUUUUUAAAGAUUACGAAUGUUUUGGCGGGAAGGGGAAAGAUACACAUUAAGAGCAUGUAUUCUGCACCACAAAUAAAACAGACUCCAUUUCCCUGGUA